UUUUUUUUUCUUUUCUCUUCACUCCUUUCCCCCCUUUUUUUUCCACUCGUCCCUCUUUCGUCCCCACCCCUUAUUACUUUAUUCAUAUACCAAUAUUAUGACUAUUGUUGUUAAAGCCUCCAGUAAUACGUUUCUUGCAAUUACUCUGACAACUGCUUUAGCUGUAGCACUUUAUGUUUGUCCUCGUAGAAAGCGUCUAACUGCUCAGUUUACUCAAACUCGUCAAAUGAAAUUCGAACAAGAACUUGUAGACGAAGAGGAAUCGCCUUUAUUGACAAAUAAUUCGGAUUACGUGGAUGUAAAUGGACAUGAAUUACGCAUUAUCGAAAUUAUCAACAAAAAUGAAAAAGCACCACUUAUGGUAUUUAUUCACGGUUUAGGUGGACAAGCAUCUCAAUGGGAACAUCAACUUGAACACUUUUCCAAAUCAUACCAUGUCGUGGCUAUAGACUCUGUUGGCUGUGGAUAUAGUGAAGUGGUCAAAGAGUGGUCAUGUUAUACAACAACGUCACUUGCAGAUGAUAUAAUUCAACUUAUCACUAGUGUCAGAUACCCAAACACUAAACCUAUUAUCCUUGUUGGUCAUUCUUAUGGUUGUGCUAUUGCUACGUUAGUUGCUUCUUCUUCAGAUAUUAAGGGACGACUUGCAGGAAUGGUUCUUAUUUCACCAAAGGCAGAAUUAGGUCAAGAUCAAGCGAAAGGGCAAAAGAUAUUACCAUGGAUUCCUGAUUUUAUUAUUGAAAACGCCCGGAACAAGGAUCGUCAGGGUGGGUUGUAUUCUACUAGUGUUGAACGACUUUUGGGUAACAAAGCAUCCGAAAAUCUACGAAAAAGACAACUUCGUUGGAAUGUGAUGAGUCGUACAGAUGUAUACAAACGGACAGCAGCAGGUGCAACAUUUCCUUCAUCUGAUAUUUAUGGCAAGCUUGCAUCUGUGAAGAUUCUUUUUAUCGGCGGCGAAAAGGAUGAAAUUACUCCACCUAGUGAUAUGACAUUGAUACGAAAACAAAUCCUUGAGUCUACUGAUGAUAACUCAGACAAUAUCAAACAACCUAUGAUUAUACCCAAUGUUGGCCAUAUGUCUUUGGUGAUGAAACCUGAUAUUGUGAACAAAUGGAUUGAUGAUUUCUUACUAGAUAUUUAGUGUAUAAUAAAAGAUAUUUGUUUUUUUUUUUUCUCCGUUG